AUGGACGAAACGGGCAAGAUGAAGCCGGUAGAAGAGACGGCCGUCCCUUUAGAGGACUACACCCCAGGCGAGCUGGAGGAUGACAGGGCUCUCGUUCGGAAGAUCGAUUGGCAGAUUCUUCCGCUCAUGUUUAUGACUUACUUCCUGCAGUUUCUGGAUAAGGUUGCUCUGAAUUACGCAAAUGUGAUGGGCCUCCAGAAGGACCUGAAGAUGAAGGGAGACGACUUCUCCUGGCUGGCCACGGCCUUUUUCAUUGCGUAUGCGGUGGCGGAAUUCCCACAGGGCGUCCUGCUGCAGAAGUUCCCGGUGGCCAAGGUUCUGGGCGUCAAUGUGUUCUUCUGGGGGGUGUUCCUCUGCUGCUCUUCCGCCACGCACAACUACGAGGGCAUGCUCGCCUUGCGAGUCCUGCUGGGGCUCAUGGAGGCCGUGAUCGCUCCCGCCUUGACCAUGUACACCAGCAUGUGGUACACCAAAGCCGAAUCCACCCCCCGCUACGGCUUCUGGUACUGCGGCCUAGGCAUGGGACAGAUCAUCGGCGGCCUCAUCUCCUUCGGCGCACAGCACGCGCCACCGGCCCUCUCCUUCGAAGGAUGGAGGAUCAUGUUCGUGUCCAUCGGCGCCGUGAACGUCAUCAUAGGCGUUCUCGUGUUCCUCCUCCUCCCCGAGUCGCCCGAGAAAGCCCGAUUCCUCACGCCGGCAGAGAAAGAAAUGCUGGCCGCCCGACUCCAUCGAGACCACGCAGGUGUCGGCCGGAAGGUGUUCCGGUGGAGGUCGGUGCUCGAGGCCUUUGGUGAUAUCCAGACGUGGCUUCUCGUGCUCCUGACCAUCCUCAUCACCAUCCCCAGCGGCGUGAUUACGACCUUCUCGUCCAUCCUGAUCAAGGGCUUCGGGUAUACGCCCAAGCAGAGCGCGCUGCUGAAUAUGCCGUCCGGGGUGGUGAGUAUUGCUUCGACGAUGCUCUCGUCGUACGCUAUUGCCAGGGGGUUUUCGCGGUGGCUGGCGAUUGAUCUGCUGCUGAUUCCGACGCUGCUCGGGUCGUGCCUGAUGUCUUUUAUGCCCACUUCCAAUCAGGGGGGGUGCUUGGCCGGGAUUUAUCUGGUGAACACGACGGUCGCGCCCUUGGCGUUGAUAUAUGCCUGGACCGGUGCCAAUUUCAAAGGCUAUACCAUGAAGGUCGCAGGCACCGGGCUGGUUUCAGCGGCAUUCAGUGUCGCCAACAUCAUCGGCCCGCAGACGUUCCAGGCCAGAGAUGCACCGCAAUAUAUGCCCGCCAAAAUCACCCUCGUAGCCGUCAACGCGGCCGCGAUGGUCAUUUCGGCGCUUCUGCGCAUUGUCUAUGGGAUCCGCAAUGCGCGAGCGAGCCGGGCGGGCACGCCUGCUCGGAGCAUGCUUGAACGGCGGCUGGCCGGUCGUUCUGCGCCGGAUGGGUUUGAUGAGAAGGAUUUUCGAUAUGUCUACUGA